UGAAAACAUGAGCUAUGGAUCAAAGUUUGGGUACAACUAAGUGGUCAAGAAAUUUAAGUGAAGACAGUCAGAGUGAGUCUAAUAGACUCCGUCUAAUUGAACGCCAGCGACAGCUCCUCGAAAGCAAACUCCAGCGCCAACACCAAGUGAUCGCUACUACAUCCCGACCUUCAACUGGCAGGACUGCGAAGUCAGCCCUUUCUGGUCAGCGAUCGACUGAAAAACUCAUUGAUUUGGAAGAUGUGGGCGCCGGUAAUGAAACGGGUGGUGGUGUGGCCAACGCUGGCCAACUCAAGGGCGAUGAAUAUGACUACUUUUGCACAAUAAUUAGGGAUAAGAAAGGUCUCGACCGCUCUUUAUAUCCCACUUAUUAUAUGCAUCUCCAGGCUAUAGUCCCGAAUACAGAGUUAGAAAAGAGUGAUAAAUCGAGUGAACAGUCGUCUCCCAAAUCGAGUCUGGAAUUAGUGAACAUAACAAAUGAAAGUUCAUUGAACUCCAACUCCAACUCCAGUUCCAACACCAGCACUGAUAUGAUUAAAGGCAACGACUCGGGAAGUCGAGGGCCUCACACUUCUUCGAAUAUCGGCGGUUAUAGACAAGUGUUUAUACUGUCGGGUCGGCGCCGCAAGAAAAGCAAGACUUAUAUCAUAGGCAACGAUCCCUUCGACAUAUCGCGCGGCAAUUGUAUCGCUAAACUCAAGUCCAAUGUGUUGGGCACACAGUUCACGGCUAUCAGGUUCUUGUCUACCAAUCCUUAUCGCAAUUACAUUAUUUGA